GAAACUCAGGAUUUAAAUCUUCACGAAAACGCAAAUAUGACCACUGCAGCGCCUGGCGCAUCUGGAACUAUGCAUAGUGCAAUUCUGAUGGUUCUCUCUGACAGAUUCAAGCAAUGUUUUGAAAUAUUGGACGAUGACAACAAGGAAGUAUGGGUGGACUGCAAAGAAGUGCUUGAACAUUCUGGCUACAACGCAGACGUUGCCGAUAGAGUUAAAGCAGUUGUAGGUAAGGCCUUACGAAAGGCAUUCGGCGAUGCCCUCAGGUGGAAAAAAUUCAGACGACAAGAUGGUUCCCGACGAAACCGUUACGGUCUGAAAGCGAUAGAUCCAUGGCCCGCAGUCGAAGCACCCGUAAUUUUGUAUGGGCUGAUGAGUGUGUGCGCUAAAAAGAAUAACAACGGUAUCCGGACAACUCUCUCUCAAUCUGAUAUUCAUAGCAAUUCUCAAUUACAAACGGAAAAGAUGUUCCAGAGGCGUGCGAGUUUGGCGGCUGUCAAUGACCUCUAUUCUUUUGGGCAGCAGCAUAGGAAACAGUAUAAUGAGGUGCCCCCUGAAACGAUGCAUAGUCAGAAGUAUUCACAAAACGGCCAAAUGGCACAUCAAUAUAGCAACGGAAUAAGAAGAGCUUAUAAUGGUGAUUCCGAUGAUGAUGGGUCGUCAAUGCCAGUAAAUCAUUCCAUUGCUUCACAAAUUCUUCAAGUGAACCCGUGCCAACUGGGAUCCAAAGAGUCGAAACCCAAUCAGAUGCACUUCAAUCAAAUGAACUACAGCCAGAUGAGUGUCAGUGCCAAUCAGAUGAAUAACUACCAAUUGAACAAUAACCACAUACUUACGACUGGGCUACAGAAUGGCAACGAUUACGAUACUAACACUGACUGGAAUCAGCAAAGUUAUGACAAUCAGGGCGUUGGUGGCACAGUGACUUUGAGCACAACUCAGACGCAUAAUCUACGGACGCAGAGUUUGGGCAAAAGUGCUCGUCAGAGUCCCGGCAGCGUGAAAGAUAUAUCAAGUGUUCGACAAAACCCUUACAAUUUGAAUGAGUUGCACGACACAUUGAGAGGGCACACAGGCGGGACACAGUUUAGUCCACAGAUGCAAAGUUUGAGUGAAUACGGUCAAUCUAACAACAUGCACAAUGAGACAUUCCAGAGGAAUUCCAGCGCGCCACAAGAGUACGAGAAUAUCUGGAACACAUUCUCGCAAAGAGAUCAAUUCUCGCGGCAGGAUACGAACGGAUUUACAGGCCCAAACGGUUACCAAAACGUGAACAACAACAAUCACGGGAUUUACGACCAGCAAUCCAUGAAACGAUCUGGCAGCGAGGGCCAACUAUAUCCGGGGCAUCAGCAGCGCUCAAUGCUUCGACACCAACCAUAUCCCGGAAACAAGUCUUUCAAUGGGUCUAUGGGCAACUAUCCAACGUCGGCCGCGAAUGCCGAUGAAUACAAUGAGCACAUAAUGAACAAUGACUCAGCAGUAAUGAAUACUCGGUUGCAGAGUUUGUUCUAAAUUCGUAUUUGACUAUUACUAUGAAAGAAAAGGGAAGCCGUGCGGGAUACUCCACAGGCUGCAAUCCUGACUCCAGAAGGUACAGUUUGCGGAGUAAAUAUGAGGGGAGCGGAGAGUCUAACGGGGUUAUAUCUCAUGAUACGCACCAAUAAUGGACUUCUCGGCAUAGGCUUUUGAUAUCGGCGACAAUAUCCUAUGCUAUUAAUUCUAAACGGAAAAAAAUAUACGUAAUGUAGCAGCUCAAUGCCAGCUAAGCGAUAUAGUACUAUAAAAUAAAUUGAAAGCCAUGUACAAUUCGUUUGCACUUUGGUAGUUGUCGU